CGGAUGUUUUGUACCUGCAACAUUUGCUCAGUUUCGUAUUUGUGAUCGAUUGUUUACGAGAAUUGGUUUUGGAGACUGCAUAGAAUCAAAUGCGUCUACUUGGGUUUUAGAGUUAUCAUAUGGAGGCAUUACCCUCGAAGGAUUCUGAGAGUAGAUUGACUUAUACUUAUAAAUUAUGUCCUAGAGUAACGAAUAUUGAUGACUAUGGACUAAUCUUGGCAAGGGAUGUAAAAAUGCCUGAACAUUUAAUUGAAAAUGCUAUAGUAAUUGAAAAAUGUUUACGUCAAACAAGAGUAGCGUUACCAGACAAUCCAUCAAAUGAAGCAGACAUGAUUUUAGAUAAUUGUAUUCAAAAACUAUUAAACAUGAAAGAUACAGAAUGUCUCAGUAUAUCCAACAUUCAAUCGGUUGUAUUAGAUAUGAUGAAUAAAUUAAAAGAGAACAGAAGGAAAAAUAUUGAUCCAUUGGAGGAAAGUAUAGACUCUGAUGAUGAAAUAUAG